CCGCCGCCCGCUCGGGGCUAGAGGCGGCCUCGGGAGGCGCGCGGCGCCGGAGACAUGUCCAGGAGGAAACAGAGCAACCCCCGGCAGAUCAAGCGUUCCCUUGGAGACAUGGAGACCUCAGAGGAAACCCAGGCCAUGGACACCAGUCUCACAGAGCAUGACACCACACAGCCAGAGCCCUCGGGCCUGGGUGAGCCCCAGCCUCCAAGCCCCCCCAGAGCAGACGCAGCUCUGUCCCCACCACCAGCACCCCCCACGUCCCCAGGAGCCCCCGAGGAGGAGAUGGAGGGGCCCGAGCCAGAGGCCACAUCCCCGACAGAGAGCAGCAACUCCUGGACAGGGCCAGAUGAACUGGAGUCAGUGCUGUGCAAUGGGCAGCGGCAGGUGCGGGCCCGGGAUGGCCUCACCCGAGGCCUGGCCUGGGGUCCGUUCCAGGGGAGCAUCAAAGCCAUGGCCUCGUCCCCUGGGCAGGCAGAGCUGGACCCAGCCCUGCCCCUACUGGUGGUGGACGAGACCUGCUGGCUAAAGAUGCUGCCCCAGGCCCUGACGCAGGCCGAAGCCAACUGUGAGAUCUCCAGGAAGGAUGAAGGCCUCUGGUGCCACGUCACCAAGCCAGUGCCCGUCGGCGGACUCCUGAGUGUGUUCCUGGUGGACGAGCCCAGCAGUGUACCCAGCCAGCCUGUGAAGGAGCCAGCAGAGCCCACAUGCCCAGCCCCUGCCAACAGCGACAUCCGGCUGCUGCCCCAGCAGGCAGGCAUGGCAUCCAUCCUCGCCACGGCGGUGGUCAAUAAGGACGUCUUUCCCUGCAAGGACUGUGGCAUAUGGUACCGGAGCGAACGCAACUUGCAGGCCCACCUGCUGUACUAUUGCGCCAGCCGCCAGGGCAGCGGCUCCCCGGCCACGGCCGCCGCCGCCACCACCACCGAGAAACCCAAAGAGCCGUACCCCAACGAGCGCGUGUGCCCCUUCCCGCAGUGCCGCAAAAGCUGCCCCAGUGCCAGCUCGCUGGAGAUCCACCUGCGCAGCCACAGCGGAGAGCGUCCCUUCGUGUGCCUCAUCUGCCUGUCGGCCUUCACCACCAAAGCCAACUGUGAGCGCCAUCUCAAGGUGCACACGGACUCCCUGAGCGGUGUGUGUCACAGCUGCGGCUUCAUCUCCACCACGAGGGACAUCCUGUACAGCCACCUGGUGACCAGCCACAUGGUGUGCCAGCCGGGUUCCAAGGGGGAGGUCUACCUGCCCGGGGGCGCCCACGUGCACGCCGGGCUCCUUGCAGACAGCCUGACCAGCUCCCAGCAGCACGCGGCCCUUCACGUGCCCCUGGCCUCCGGGGACCGGGGCCUGACACCCCCCUCAUCUCCAGGAAUGGACCGGAAGGCUCUGGUGGAGGCCACCAACGGAGGAGCCAAGGGGGAGCCGCAGAACGGCGGCAGUGAGCCCCCGGCCGUCCCUAAGACCACCAAGCCAGAGGCGGCUGAGGAGCCCGAGGCAGCCCAGGAGCCCGAGGCAGUGCGCGCCCCCGGGGAGCCUGCAGCCCGGACCCCGUCGCGGACCCCGUCCCCGCCCAGCCCUGCCCCGGCCCGAGUGAAGGCCGAGCUGUCCAGCCCCACGCCCGGCUCCAGCCCGGUGCCCAGCGAGCUGGGCCUGGCCGGGGCACUCUUCCUGCCACAGUACGUGCUGGGGCCAGAUGCGGGCGCGCCCCCAGGCCCCGCGGCCCCGCAGGCCUCAGAGAUCUUGGCUAAGAUGUCCGAGCUGGUGCACGGGCGGCUGCAGGCGGGCGCGGGGGGCGCGGCGGGGGCGGCGGCCCUGCUGGCGGGCACGGCCAAGGGCGCCACGUGCUUCGAGUGCGACAUCACCUUCAACAGCCUCAGCAACUUCCUGGUGCACAAGCGCCUGUACUGCUCCGGCCGCCGCGUGCCCGAGGACGCCCCGGCGGGGCGCAGGCCCAAGGCACCUCCCAGGGCGCCCCCCGAGCCCGACGCGCCGCGCUCCCCGCCCGGCCCCGGGGCGCGCGAGGACGAGGCGGGCGGCGCCGCCACGCCCGAGGCCGACACGGCCGGCCGGGGCAGCGAGGGCAGCCAGAGCCCGGGCAGCUCCGUGGACGAGGCGGACGACGACCCCAGCCGCACGCUGUGCGAGGCCUGCAACAUCCGCUUCAGCCGCCACGAGACCUACUCGGUGCACAAGCGCUACUACUGCGCCUCGCGCCACGACCCGCCGCCGCGCCGGCCGCCCGCGCCCCCCGCCGCACCCGCCGCGCCCCCCGCGCGCACGCGCCGCCGCCGCAAGCUGCACGAGCUGCACGCGCCCGGGGGCCCCCCGCCCGCGCCCCCCGAGCCCGAGCCGCCCUCCCCGCCGCCCGCCGCCGCCGACGGCCCCAUCGACCUGAGCAAGAAGCCGCGGCGCCGGCCCCCGGACGCGCCCGGCCUGUCCGCGCUGGCCGACUACCACGAGUGCACCGCCUGCCGCGUGAGCUUCCACAGCCUGGACGCCUACCUGGCGCACAAGCAGUACUCCUGUCCCGCGCCGCGGCCCGCGCCCGAGCCGCCCUCCGUCGCCUGCCCCUACUGCCCCCCGAGCGGCCUGGGCCGGGACGACCUCAUCGAGCACUUCCGCCUGGCGCACGGGCUGCUGGGGGGCAAGCCCGCGGCCGGCCCGGGGCCCGAAGCCCGGACGCCGGCCCACCGCGGCCCCCAGGACGGCCCCGAGCCCCGCGCGGCCGGCGGCAGCCCCGGGCCGGCCGCGCCGCUGUCCCCCGGCGCGCCCCCGGCCCCCGCCGACAAGGGCGCCGCGCCGCCGCCCGUGCCCAACGGCAACCCCCGGUACUGCCGCCUGUGCAACAUCCGGUUCAGCAGCCUGUCCACCUUCAUAGCGCACAAGAAGUACUACUGCUCCUCGCACGCCGCCGAGCACGUGAAGUGACCCCCGUACGGCUGCCGCGUCCACGGGAGUGCGUGCAGCGAGGUGGCUGAGGGGGGGGCGGACAGGGACCCCGCGGCAGCGGCUCGCACUGGCUCCCAGAGCUGCGCCCCGCUCAGCUGAGGUCGUGUCCUGGCCACUCUGCCGCCAGGUGGCUGUGGGCACCCUGCGGCCCCCUGUCUCCUGGAGAAUAAACACCCUUGCAACCCCGC